AAUGUCGAUUGCGCCGCAAGGAGGUGGAGAAGCCCUUCUUCCAACCACCGCUGUUCUUCCAGGGCACCGAGAGGAGGCGCCCACAUACUCACUUCCCGUCACAAGGCAGCAUCAUAGCAUGGUCCUUCGUGUUGUUAAUGGUCGCUUCCCCCUCGCUCUUCCGCCACCGAUUGUCAGAUUUCAGAACAACGAAGACCGUCGAAAGUUUUUCCUGUCUGAUAUGAGAGAUUCCAGGGGGUCUGUGAUGAUAAGGACAGGGUUGGUGGGGCUGGCGGUUGGGGCUGGCGUCUGUUACUGUAUUUACCGAGUGACCUCCAGGAGAAGCAAAAAUCACGGAGCAGCAGCCGAAACAAAAGAGGGAAAUGUUCAGGAAGAACGUGAAUCUAGCCCAACGUCAGUCUCUUGUGGGGCACGCCAGAUGGCCGCCCCAGAGAGCAGCUUGUUGCAGCAAGUAUCGGGGAUUCCAGUGAUUUCUAGCAUGGUCCGGGAUGAUUCUGCAAGUCUUCAGCAAGGCAUGGAUCUUUCAAAAUCAGCCCACGGUCUGGAGGCACACCAUAUACAGAAUCUUAUUAAUUUACUUGAAUCUACGAAAGAUCCCUCAAUUCAGGAGCAAGUCUUGAUUACACUGAGCAACAGUGCUGCAUUCUCGAAUAAUCAGGAUAUCAUUCGAAAUUUAGGUGGCCUUGCUGUUGUUGGAAAAAUGCUUUCCGUUCCUGUCACUAAAGUUAAAGAAAAAGCACUAAAUGCUCUUAAUAACCUGAGUAUGAAUAUUAAAAAUCAAGAGGAGAUAAAGAUACAUAUUUCCAAAGUCUGUGAGGAAAUGGAUUCUUCUCCCUUGAACUCUGAGCUUCAGCUAGCUGCACUUCGAUUUGUAACCAAUAUGUCUGUUACUAAUUAUUAUCACUAUAUGAUGAUUCAUUCCAUACCAUGCCUUCUUCAUUUGCUUUUGGAAGGAAAUGAAAGAAUACAGGUUCAGGUUCUUAAAGUGCUUGUGAAUUUAUCAGCAAACCCAGCUAUGACUGAACAUCUUCUUAAUGCUCAGGCACCCUUCCUGUUAUCUCUGUUUGAUAGCUGCAUAAACAAAGAAGUUUUGCUCAGAGUCCUGGUGUUUGCCACAAACUUAACAAAGCAUAUGCAAAGAGACAAGAAUAUUAUGGUUCAUCAUCACAGUGAAGAUUCAAUUUUUUCUGUGCUCUGGGGGAAUCCUACAGAGUGUGCUCAUAAACUUGCAUCUUUAUUGUACCAUCAUGACACAGAAGUAAAAGAGCAAGUUGCACAGCUGAUAAUGCAACAGUGCUGAAACUGGAGAUUGCUAAACCCUAUAUUCAAAUACAAAUUUUUGUAUGAAGGUUGUCCAGAUCUAGGAACCCGAUACACUUACUAUUUAUGAAUGUGGGAACUCUAAUGUAUAGAUAGCCUAUUCACUGUAAAGGAAGAAAAGUAGUAGAAACAUGUAUAAUGCUGCUUCCAGCCCUGAUGGAAAUGUAUAUAUGUACAGUAUAUAUGUACAGUGGGGGAAGGAACUGGCAAACCCACCCCAUAUAUACGGACUGCCUAGUAAACGUCGCAAGACGUCACCCUAAGAGUCGGAAAUGACUCGCACUAUAAGUGUGUGGACACCUUUACCUUUUUUUUACAGUAUAUAGUGGAAUACACAUGAAACGUUAGAUAAUAUUGUUCAGCUAUGUUGAAUACAAUUUAUAGUGCUAAAUUGCUGUAGAAAUGUUUCGGCCAUACCUUAUAACUCUCUGCAUGUUCUGAUUUGAAGCUCUUCCCACGUCUCAGAAGCCUGACUAACUUCACUUAGAAGUCGGGCAUUUAGCGUUGCUGGUCUUGUGCUGUGGAAUACUCUUCCAGCAAAGAUUCGGCAGGCACCCUCACUAACUUGCAGAUGUCCCUUUUGAAAACUUUUUUUAUAGUGACAAGCUUAUUCAGUUUAUUUUUUUAAAAGAUGAGCCAUCCAUUCUUAUUUUAUGGUGUCUUAUGUUUUAUUGUGUAUAUAUUGUUGUACACUGCCUUGAUAUUUUGAGUGGAUAGUAUUAAACAUUUUUUAUAAAUAUUAUUCUCAAUAUAUAAUAUAUAAUAAUCUGAUCCUAUACUACUUUGUUAAUCUUGCACUUGUGUGGGCUUCCACACAUAAGGAGCAGAAAACUUCAUAGAGGUGUGAAACUACCACCUCUAUUGAAGUGGAUGAGAAACAGCUGGUAUAGCGAUACCAUUUACUAUGAGCAUGCCAUGUUGUAUGUGUUGGCAUUUGCUGUUGCCCAUACCAUCUUUUUAUACUGGUGCAACAAGCAUUAAGAUAAUCAAACUGUGUGCUUAAUUAUUUUCCUUUCGUUUAACCUGAAUCUGCUACUCCCAGUUAAAUUUAAAACUCUGGAGGGCAGUUAAUUUUGUUGCAAAGAGGAUCAGAUUCUAUGGAUAGUUGAGUUUACAGGGUAGAAGACUUACAUCUCAGUUGUGAAACAUUUCAUGAGUCAUAAAGGGAUGUUCUUAUUAUUAAAUGUUAUUUAUACCUCGCCUUUUGGUCAAAGGCCCUCAAGGCAGCUUACAAAGAAAAAUAAACACAAGUAUAAAAAUACAAUAUAAAAAUACAAUAAAAGCAAUACAAUUUACAAAAAUUAAAUUAAAUAACAAAUAACAUUAUAACAACAAAUAAAAUUAAAUAACAAGUAAUAUUAUCAUUACCGGCACUGCCAAGAAAGAGGAGGCGGUGUUAGCAGGGGCGGCAGCUCCCAAGAGACAGAAAGGUGACAGGCAUUUGUUACAGCGAAGCUGUUUGCUGUUUCAAUGUUGUCUUCCUCUCCAUGUCCUCGGGCUCACUCAGCUGCUGCUCCCCAGGCUUAUGGUGCUGGUUUAUGUCGGGGGGCGGCUGCGGGAGCUUGGGCUCGGGGCCCUGGGCUUUCCCUGGAGCAGGAGGAGGAGGACGCGAUGGCAGCAGCUGUUGAGCGGGAGGCCCCGUGCCAGGUUGUUGUUGAGCAGGAGGCCCCGCGCUAUUUUAUUAUAUAAGAAAAUAUACUUUGGGAUUUUUUUGGUACUUAAAACAGACUUUAACCCUUCAGAAAAAUAGUUAAAAUAAAAAACAAAGUCAGAAAUAUAAAAUGUGAAGUCAGAAAUAUAAAACUGAGACUUUCUCUAUGUAAUGAGUAUACUGUGCUUUUUAUAUGUGACGUUUUCCCUUAAGUCUGUUUUUAUAAUGAAAUUGUAGAAACCUGCAUCAGCUAGAAUGUCUGUUCAACUUCUGUUUUCCCAGGAGUGUCCUAUGUGGCCCAAUAGCUUGCAUAUGAACUUCUGAACAACCUCCAUUGAGUGAGAAGCAUAAAAAUACCAGUGUGUCCAAAGCCAUCAUUUGUUGGAGUUGUGUGUAGAGUAGCUCAGACCCAUACACCUGCAGAAAAUGUAAAGUAACACUUCAAAAAACAGAAGUGCUGCUGUACUUGUUUUUUUGUAAAAAAAGGAGUAUCCACAGACAAAUUUCUGUAGUGAUGUAAAACUGCAAAUAGUAUAUAUUGAAAUACCAUUAUGUACCUAGAGAUAAAUUUUAUAAAGCACAAAAAUAACUUGGAGAGAAAAAGGAAUGCAGUUAAAUGAAAUUGACUCUCAGAAUAAGAAAUAAUUGAAAUGGACUGCCUUCAAGUCGAUCCCGACUUAUGGCGACCCUAUGAAUAGGGUUUUCAUGGUAAGCGGUAUUCAGAGGUAGUUUUACCAUUGCCUUCCUCUGAGGCUGAGAGGCAGCCCAAGAUCGCCCAGUGUGCUUCAUGGCUGUGUGGGGAUUCGAACCCUGGUCUCCCAGGUUAGUCCAACACUCUAACUACUAUACCACACUGGCUCUCCAAGAAAUAAUUAGCCAAGUGAUAUUAACAUAACAAUUCAAAAAGUAUUAUUCAGUAAAGUAACAAUUUCUGAGCAAGAGAAAUCUUUUAUUUUGUAGAUUAGUUUUAGUAGUUUAACACAAGUAUGUUUGGCCAUGUUUAUACAAUGCUGAACAAGUUUGUAUCAUGCUUUUUCACUUUUAUAAUCAAUCUGUUUUUCACAUAAUUCUGACAAUUCAUUUAGGAACUCAGUUAACAGCAAGGAACAAAAACAAAAAAUAAGCUAAGGAGAUUUCAGAGAACAAAUGGAUGGUUUCAGUUAUAUAAAACAAUUUGCUUAUUCUCAAAUACUAUUAGUAUUCAGGCCUAUGGCAGAACAAUUUUACAGUGACAGCACAAUGCAAAAUGUACAGGGAUUGGUCAGCAGCAACAGAAACAGGAAUUUUUUUAGUAGUUAGAACUCUUAAAAGGCACAUUUCAUUAUAUAAUUUUAAAACUUGGCUCUUACGUUUGCAAAUGAAAAUGUACAAGCAUUCAGUAAAAUGUGUUUUAGCCCUAAUUGUGUUGGGAGACUCCAACAAAUCUAUAAUUUCAAAAGCUAUGAAGGCACAGGGCAAACCCUCAGAGUGAUUAAUCUGCUCAAGGGAGAUAACGGGCUGAGACGAUUCACACUAUGCUGCAAUACUCAAACACAUUUUAGUGUGACUACUGUGUUGGUUCUAGCAGGGUAGUGUAUUUUCAACUGGAGUAUUCUAUUUAAGACUGGCUGGUUCUUCAGAUUACAACCUAAUUCAAAAAUGAUGCAAGCCCCAGUUAUCUUUUCUUCUGUUAAAACAGUAAUAACUAAAGCAGCAAUCCUAACCCCAUUUAGCUGGCAGUUAAGUCCCACUGAAUUAAAUAAGACUUAUUUCUGAGUAGUCAUAGUUAGGAUUACACUUUAAAUAUACUAACCUAAACACAUACUAGAGUGCAAGCUUUAUUACUGUGGGCUUCAUACCAGAGUAAAGAUGCACAGGUUUAGACAGUGUCUUAAGUGUCAUCUUUGUAGGAUAGGGAAUUGUAUGUAAAUGAAGGUUCAGAUCUUAGUUACCAAAAAUUCAAGGUAUUUCAGUGAGACCUUCCAAGGAAGUGCUUUUAAUUCAUGUACAAGGAUGUUAUCUAGUAGUCAGCUAUGAACCCACACAUAUAAUUUUCAAUAGAAGCUAAAAUGGUAAAAUGUCCUAAUCCUACCAAAUUCCUGCUGAUCGGGUGAUUGGAGGAAUGGAUGGAGUACUUUGACUGGGCACCCACCCCCAUGAUGCAAGAAGGGGUCCCAUAAGCACAGCAAUGUAUGCAGUGAGCUAAUGUGCAUAUGAGUCUCUGCGCUGAAGGCCACUGCUGUGGGAAAUUUUUGCUCACCUAUACAGCAGGCUUAGAUAAACCAAUUUCUAUUCACAAUUUGAUUUCUCUGACAUGAGGAUAUGGUCUCUGUGCAGUAAAUCUUCAUGUGAAUGUAAGGCUUCUGUUUUUCAAGCGUUAUUUUCCCACUUUUAAAUCUAGAAAUCCAAUUUUUUAAGGGGAUGGGGAAAGGGGAGUGUUAAAGCACUUAGCAGUUCUAUGGUGAGGGCUCUUGUGCUAAGGAGGACUGGGUGCACAGGCCCUGCUGGGUCUUCUGGAUUCUAGCCUAAGUAGUUAAUUGCCAGACAAUGAGUUCUAGUGGUUUUGAAGAGAUGUACUUCACAGGCAAUGUAAGCUGCUUAUUUACAGGAUAUUUGUAGCUAAGUUAAUGCCAUCUAGUUGUUAUUUCAUUCAUUUAUUAAAA